AUGAAAGGAGCUGAAUCGUUCACAAAACGACCACCGUUAUCACUCAGAUGGAAUGGACGCUUGCUCCCAGACCUUACCGCUUAUUCGAAAGAUGAUAAUGCUAACAGUAGUACCACCAUAGAUUCCUUUGGAAAGAAGCAAAUAACGAUAGCGGAUAAACAAAACACGCUAGAAGGCAAUGAAACACAACCGUUCACAUUCGAUGGAAUCGCAUAA